GGAGUGGGAGGGGGUCGACAAGGGGACAGGGGUGUAGGGACGGGUUGGAGACGAGCGAGCGAGCGAGCCACAGCAAGCAGUUCCAAUUCCACCGGCUGGUUGGGGUUUGUUGGUAACAGCGUCGACGGCGGCAGCGGCAGCGGCAACAGCACCAGCGGCGCAAAGCAGCAGACAGAAGCAGGCGAGGGUUGCGGUGCUAUGCGGUGCGAUACGCGUACGCAGCAGUGGUUCGACCUCGAUGAAUCGUUUAGUCGCGGUUGGUUCCUUGCGCGUGGUAAGGUAGGCCCAGGUAAGGAUAUGGGGAUAUUGAGGCAAGCCGCAAUCCGCAAUGCGCAAGACGAGGGUCGGGAUAUGGCGUGGAUGAUGGAUUGGCGAUUGUCACGGUAUGCCGGUAGCGUUGUCGUCCCUCCGAGAUGCGGACAAGGGCAAGCUCUGGUCGGCUCGGUUCGUCGUGAGACGUCGGUCGGAGUUGGAGAAUGCUGA